UUUGAUUACUUCUCACGUGUUGUACCUCCAGACAAUCUUCAAGCGACAGCAAUGGCACACUUGGUUGGUGAUACAGCUAUUGCGUUGCAUUUACAAGUUGCAACUCUGGAGACAAUCUUUUGCACUGAAUUCGAUGAAUUUCCUGAAUGAGAACAGUUUUGAUAGCGGCAGCAGAACGUUUCAGUCCGGAGAAUUGACAGUAACCAAAGGGCCGGAAGAGACAACACAACAUUUUUAA